CGAUCACUUGAACCAAUAGAAAGACGGCAACCAUCAUGAUCGGCCUACUGUGUCGCUGUCACCUACGAAGGCCACGCGACCUUGGCAGCUCAUGGCAUUUCCCGACUCGAUGGAUCGAGCAUCAACCACGGGCGAAUUUUGUCCAGGCCGGCUGGGCCGACAAUCACUCUUCCAGGGUGGGCGGCCUGGCUGAGAUUUCGGAACAGACAUUGCUUGGCUCGAACCCGACCCUAGACAAUAACGCGGUGCAUUUUGUUCGGAAAGAGACCCAGAACACUGGGGCACUGGGGCACUGGGGCACUGGGGCUUUACUCAGCUUGUCAAACCAACGCCUUUGCUUCGGGUGAACUUUUCUGAUUUUCCAUGAGAAGGCGAUGUUGUGCCUAGAGCUACCUCUAUCCCAUCAGCCGUUAUCAUUGUUAUCACUAGGGCUGUUCUAUCAUAGAGAAGAGAAGCAACAACAGUCAACACAUCCCGCGUUAUCAUCAUCUUUACAGCAUUCUCCGCGGAAUAUCUAGAAGAAAAUUCGCCCCUUCAACGGUUACAAGUAAGACUUGAUCGUUGUCCCCAUCCCUUUCUCCCUCGGACUUGAGACUCCAUCCUAUGAUAUACAUAACAGUGUUCUUUUGACUCUUUACUUUACACUCUUGUUCAUUUGAGGGCCGUCGAAACCACUUUCAAGAUGUCCAACGACCUCACCACAAAAAUAAUAUCCUCGUACGGCAGCCGGGAGACACACAGCACCGGCGAAGGAGGACUAGAUGUCAACAGUGCUGCCGCCGGGUGGGAUUCAAGUCGGCCAGGCUCGAUUUAUACUUCCUCGAGGCAGUCGGCAGCAACACUACCGAGGGCGGCCAAGAGAAAGUUCAAGAGUUACCGGCUCCGAGGCGAGUACGAGAAGCCAUGGCUCGCCGACCCGGCCAUGAAGAAGACCAGGUGGAACAAUUGGAUCGUUACCGCCUGGUGUCUGGCCGGGUUUGCGGGUGCCGCUGUUCUUUGCUAUACAGGCGUCAAGCAGUACCAGACUGGGCCGAUAUGUCUGGUGUUCGAGGAUGACUUCAAGACGCUGGAUACGAGUGUCUGGUCGCACCAGGUGACGCUCGAUGGCUUCGGAACAGGGUCCUUUGACUGGACCACCACCGAUUCCAAGAACUCGUACGUCGACGGGGAAGGACUUCAUAUUGUCCCGACUCUCACGACUGAGACAACGGACAUCACUGCCGACCAGCUCUAUGCCAACUACACGCUCGAUUUGAGGAAAGACAAGUCUUGCACGGGCACAACCAAUGCCUCUUGCGUCGCUCAUUCCGACCCAAAGACGGGUGCCAUGAUCCCACCCGUCCGGUCCGCUCGCCUAAUCACCAAGGACACCAAGACACUCCGGUACGGUCGUGUCGAAGUUGUCGCCAAGCUUCCCAAGGGAGACUGGUUGUGGCCUGCCAUCUGGAUGAUGCCCCAAGACUCCACUUACGGCGUGUGGCCCCGCUCCGGCGAGAUCGACAUCAUGGAAUCCCGCGGCAAUGGGCACGACUAUGCACCCGGCGGACGAAACCUAUACUACGGCUCCCUCCACUGGGGUCCUUCAGGCGCGACAGAUGCCUACUGGCGGACCACAUCGGCCAAGCGUCUCAGGCGCAGCGAUUUCUCCGAGAGCUUCCACACGUUCGGCCUUGAGUGGGACGCGAAGUACAUGUACUUUUACAUGGACAACCGGCUUACGCAGAUCAUGCAUGUCGGGUUCAAAGCUAAGGACGACCUCUGGAAAAUGGGUGAGUUUGCGGAGAUGAGGGAGAACGAUACCCUUCUUGAAAAUCCGUGGGCGGGAAGUGAUUCCACGACGGGAAACGCGCCUUUUGAUCAGCCGUUUUACCUGAUUUUGAAUGUGGCGGUGGGGAGUAGGAUAGGGUGGUUUCCCGACAACAAAGGAGACAAACCUUGGCUUGACUCGGCGACCAACGCUCAGUGGACGUUCUGGUCGGCUGCCGACCAGUGGCUGCCGACUUGGGGAGAGGGUGAUCAGCGUGGUAUGACGGUGAAGUCGGUCAAGAUGUGGAGGCAGGGUGCUUGCUAGGGAGAGGACAUGAACGUUUUUUUUUCUCUCUUUUUUCUAUUACACCCUAGACUGUUUGUACAACUCUAAUAACUGGAUUAAUGUGCGAUGCGUGUGAUGGGGUGGAAACAGGAUCAAGGUUAAAUGUAUGGUUAGAGUAUGUGGAUUUUGUAGUCUAGUCUCUGCGAGUUCUGCACAUUUUGUACGCAUCAAUGUAUUACAAAUCUCGCGUCAAG